ACCUCAAAUUUCAACCCUGGAAGGUAGCCAUGGAGACCAGCUUUAGCUUCUCUUCUAUAAAUUUCAAUUCAGUUCGGUGAACUUGAGAGAGCGAGAACGAGAGAGAGAGAGAGAGAGAGAGAGAGAGAGAGAGAGAGAGAGAGAGAGAGAGAGUAUAGCUAUGGCAAAAGAAGAGCAGAUCCCGCUUUUGAAACCCUACAAAAUGGGCAAAUUUCAUCUCUCUCACAGAAUAGUACUGGCACCGCUAACAAGAUCAAGAUCCUAUGGAAAUGUCCCACAACCUCAUGCCAUCAUCUAUUACUCUCAGAGGACAACAAAGGGAGGUCUUCUGAUCACUGAAGCAACAGGUGUUUCUGAUACUGCUCAAGGGUACCCAAGCACUCCGGGAAUAUGGACCAGAGAACAGGUAGAGGCCUGGAAACCUAUUGUUAAGGCAGUGCAUGACAAGGGUGGCAUCUUUUUUUGCCAAAUAUGGCAUGUUGGAAGAGUCUCUAAUUAUGGUUACCAACCAAACGGGCAAGCACCUAUAUCGAGUACCGAUAGGCCUAUCGCUCCUCAAGUACAGCAUGAUGACUCUGUGGAAGAGUAUUCUACUCCACGACGCUUGGCGACCGAAGAGAUCCCCCUAAUUGUUAAUGAUUUCCGACUUGCUGCAAGGAAUGCAAUUGAAGCUGGCUUUGAUGGGGUUGAGAUCCAUGGUGCACAUGGUUACAUAUUAGAGCAAUUCAUGAAAGAUAGUGUAAAUGAUAGGACCGAUGAAUAUGGCGGAAGCUUAGAAAAUCGAUGUCGAUUUGCCCUCGAAAUCGUCGAGGCGGUCGCCGAUGAGAUCGGCGCCGAACGCGUGGGCAUUCGGCUCUCUCCUUUUGCCGAUUACAUGGAAUGUUGGGACUCAAAUCCCGAACAAUUGGGGCUUUACAUGGUACAAUCAUUGAAUAAGUAUGGAAUUCUAUAUUGUCAUAUGGUUGAGCCAAGAAUGUCUAUUGUUGAUGGAAGAAGACAGAUUCCUCACCGGUUGCUUCCUAUGAGAAAGGUUUUCAAUGGCACUUUUAUUGCUGUCGGAGGAUAUGAUAGAGAUGAAGGUAAUAAGGUGGUGGCUGAGGGUUAUGCUGAUUUAGUGGCUUUUGGACGGCUGUUCUUAGCUAAUCCAGAUUUGCCAAGAAGAUUUGAGUUGAAUUUUCCUCUCAACAAAUACAACAGAUUGACCUUCUACACGCCGGAUCCUGUUGUUGGCUAUACAGAUUAUGCUUUUCUUGAUGAAUGAUAAUAUUUUCAAUAUUUAGAAUAAGAAAAUGGAUUUUUGUGAUUUUUGAGGAAGAAAUGUGAGUGAAAAAAAUGUUAUCAGUCUCCAGUUGUUCUCUCUUUGUCAGUAAAGGUUAUAAAUCAGAUCUUAGUUAAUAAUUUCUUAAAAUGUUUGUUGAUGAUUGUUGUCUUGAGCAAUGGAUAGUGAGCGUUGGCAAGAAUAGAAAACCUUUUGAUAGAAAUUAAAUCUUGCUAUUUGAUCCAAAUAGUAGGCUUGAAAGAUGUUAUUAGAAGCAACCCUUGAUGCUAAUUG